UUUAUUUAGAGCCUGUGGGCAGCAAUUCCUUGGUGGCUGCAUUCGAUACCCCCAGCUCUUGCUCCACGGGUGGGACCAGGCACCCCGUGACUCUCUCCGAAAUGGCAACGCGCCGUCACCCUGUCUUCACCAAAGCCCUUUUCGCCGGGGUUUGGCUCUGCCGCGACGCUGCCCGCCUGGGGAACACCUCUCCUGCAGCGUUUUAGAAGCACGGGCUGCCAUGGAAGGGCAGCCGGGUCCUGCAGCCUGCGAGCCCCCCUUUUCACAGAGGCUCUCCCCCCUUUCUGAAGGAGAUGGGCCUGAAGGUGAAGAAGAGCAGGAGGAGGACACAGCUGGGGUGGAACCAAGAGAAGAGCUGGGGGGAGGCUCUCUGGAGCAGCUGGGGCGAGCUUCUCCACGCCGCUCGGGACGGUGCUGCCACAGGCAGGGCUCUCUCGCUCCUCAGGGUGCAGGCAGGCCCUGCCAGAAGACUGGUGAGGAUGAGGGGGCUUCCCCAUGCCACCAGGCUCCGGAGGAGCUGUGGCCGUGCCGGCAGAAGCACCGUCUGUGCCUGAAGCCUGAGACGAGCCGGGUCCCCGUGUCCCUGGGGCAGGGGGAGAGCGCCGAAGAGCCGGGACCCUCCCGGGGGAAAAGGCUGCGGUUGAUCUGGGGCCGGGCAGGUGACUUCAGGCAGAGGGAGAUGGAGAACGGGCUGGAGGAGGUGGAGGAAGAGAGAGGGUCUCGGUCCUGCUCCCCGGAGCUGCCCCUUUCUGACGACGCCCGCCCCAAGCCCGACUUUGUGCAGCUGAUUGACGAGCGUGGUAUCUACUCCACAGCCAAGCUGGUGCUGGGCAGCGCGGUGGGGGAGCUGGAGGAGGCUGCGGUGGGGCUGCCGGCCCACCCGAAGCGGGGAGCGAGUGGCGUGGGCGAGCUGGAGAUCCGCGAGGUGAUCGUGGAUGAGAAGCCCUUCCAGUGCGGCGUCUGCGAGAAGGCCUUCAAGCGGGCCUGGGAGCUCUUCAGCCACGAGGUGGUGCACAACGAGGAGCGUCCCUUCCGCUGCGACCUCUGCCAGGCCUCCUUCAAGCGCCACUCGGACUUCAAAAGCCACCGGCUGGUCCACACGGAGGAGCGGCCUUUCCGCUGCGAGCUCUGCGGCAAGCGCUUCAAGCGCUCCUCCAACCUGCAGGAGCACCGGCGCAUCCACAGCGGCGAGCGGCCCUUCCGCUGCCCCCGCUGCGCCAAGAGCUUCAAGACCCCCUACGAGCUGCAGCGCCACGCGCUCACCCACUGCGCCGAGAAGCCCUUCAAGUGCGCCGACUGCGGGAAGGACUUCCCCACCUCCAACGCCCUCCUCCUCCACCAGCGCCAGCACUGCGACGACAAGCCCCACGUCUGCGGGGUCUGCGGCAAGAAGUUCACCUACGGGCACAGCCUCAAGGUGCACGAGCGGGUGCACACGGGCGACCGCCCCUUCGUCUGCCCGCUCUGCGGCAAGGGCUUCAAGCAGUCCAACGCCCUCUCCUCCCACGAGCGGGUCCACACCGGGGAGCGCCCCUUCGUCUGCAAAACCUGCGGGAAGGCCUUCAAGCAGUCGUCCUACCUGGUGAUCCACGAGCGGGCCCACACCGGGGAGCGCCCCUACAAGUGCGAGGUGUGUGGGAAGGCCUUUGCCCGGCCCUCCCUGCUGCUCCAGCACCACCGCGUGCACAGCCAGGAGCGGCCCUACAAGUGUAGCUUCUGCCACAAGUUCUUCAAGGACCUGGCCUACCUGGCCGUGCACGAGAAGGUGCACACAGGGGAGACCCCUUACAAGUGCAGCGUCUGCGACAAGGGCUUCGCUCACCCCUCCAACCUGCUGCAGCACCAGCGCGUGCACCGCGACGGCUGAGCCCCGGCGCGGCCGGUGCAGCUCCGGUGUUGCCAAGCCGCAGCGGCCGUCGGCGCGCUGCCGAUGGGCCACCGCUGGCAGCAGACGAGCCCCAGGCGGGGGGGACCCCGUAGGCGCGGCCCAGGACUGGUGCGGACCCCGAAAAGCUGUGGCGUUUCUCCUGAGCCCCUGGAGGACCUGCAGGACCAGCAGGACCCUGCCCAAGCUGUGGAGCUCCCAGCAGGCAUGCUGUGGCUCGUGGCACUCUGCCGGUGGGCAGGCAGGAGCCCUCUUUGCCCUCGUGCGGGGAGAAGGGUUGAGACCUCCCUACGUCAUCCCAAGACCCCCUCCCCAGUCAUCCCAGUGAGCUUGGCUCCACACGGGCUGGGGGCUCCCCUGGGGAGUCAGGGGACACUGUCACCUGCAGGAGGGGACAGACCUGCCUGGUUUUGGGGAGAGAGCUGCAACAACAGCACAGGCAGUGGAAAGGAUCACGGGGAAGAGUGAGCAUCUCCCUUUCCCCCUGAAGCUUUUUGGGGUUCAAGUGUCCCAUCCGUAUCUCAUGUUGCUGCUAAUGACCUGGUUAAUCACCCCUUUUCUUUCUGCCCCAGGGUGCUAGCGGGGCUGGUAGGGAGCAGAAGAGAAGGGGGGGACAUACUGUUACCGUCCACUUUGGGAGCCUCAGCAAGCAACACCCAGCACUUCAAGUCCUACAGCUGCUCCUGGGACUUUCCAGGCAGGAACCUGGAUGGGGUACGGGCAAGCAAGACACAACCAGUCCUCUGCCUCCUCCUCCUCCUCCUCCUCUCUUGCUUGCCAGAGCUACUCCCGUGCUGAUGGCUGCUGGGCAGAGGGUGGCAUGUGGACCUUUGCUGGUGAGGGCGAGAUGGGAGCCUUGUCCUUGCCCGCGCUGGUGCCCUUGUGCCGUCCCUCACACUCCUGGAGAGCCUGGGUCCCACCUCAUCCCCAUUUUUCAUAUGGUCCCUGUAGUGCUGGGAACGGUGGGGGGUGGGAUGUGCACGCUCCUUGGCGCUCUGCACACUAAUUACAGGAUGGUUAUUUAA